UCAAAAUCAUGUGCAUUCUACUAUGAUGAAAAUUUGUCAAUUUUUUCAUCUUUAUUCAUUGUUUACUUUACCUUUGAAAAAUUUUACUCAUUUUGUUUCAUUUAUUACUACAAAAAUAUUCAAGUAAAUUAUAAGAAUAUCUGAGGAAUAUGAAAUGUAAUUAUAAUUUAAUCAAUAGAAAUGCUAAGAAGUCGUAUUUCAACAUUAUUUUUUGAAGCACAACGGUGUUUCUUUAAAAUGAAUUCGGAAAAUAGAAAGCCUUUCACCGUUUUAGUCGAAGGAAAUAUUGGAAGCGGCAAAACGACUUUUUUGGAACAUUUUCGGCAAUUUGAAGAUAUUACUUUACUGACGGAACCAGUGGAGCAAUGGCGCAAUUUACGAGGAUGGAAUCUUUUAGAUCUGAUGUACAAAGAUCCAGCGAAAUGGGCAAUGACCUUUCAGUCUUACGUGUCAUUGACCAUGGUGGACAUGCAUUUAAGGCCUACGCCGACCCCUGUGAAAUUAAUGGAGCGAUCGAUCUUUAGUGCUAGAUACUGUUUUGUUGAGAACAUGUUGAGAAAUGGAAUACUUCAUGAGGCAGAAUUUGCUGUUCUAGAUGAGUGGUUCCGGUUUAUUCAACAACAUAUGUCUAUUGAUGCUGAUCUUAUAGUUUAUUUGAAAACAUCACCAUCUGUUGUUCAUGAAAGAAUAAGGAAAAGAGCUAGAUCUGAAGAGCAGUGUGUACCACUGAAGUAUUUAGAAGAUCUCCAUCAAUUGCAUGAAGACUGGCUGGUAAACAGGGCUUUUGCUGAGUGCCCUGCCCCAGUUGUGAUAAUUGAUGCAGAUUUAGAUUUGUCACAAAUAACAGACGAAUACAAGAAGAGUGAACACCAAAUUCUUAGGAAAGCUGUCGAUGUGGUGAUGCGGUCGCCAAACAAGCUAAGUCCAAAGAAACCCGUCACAGGUUCACCCAUAAAGAUAGUGCCCCAAAUGAGACUGUAACAUUGACUGCAUUUUUUAAUUUUACAAACAAAUCUAUUUAUAUAUACUGUAACGGACUAAUUAAAUGACUAUUUCCUGAUUUUGUAAUAUAUAUUCUUACAAAUAUGUAUAUUUAAAGAAAUAAAAUAAUUUUGACAUAAAGAAUAUUUACAAUAAUAAGUUAAUACACUUAUACCGUUAUAAAUAUUAUUUGAGUAUCAUGAAUGCAGUUUAUGAGUUUUUCAUAGCUUAGGUUUAUCAUUUAAACAUUGAUCCACUAUGAUAAGAUUUACUUAUGACUAAAAAAAUACUUUUAUCUUUCAUAAUAGUCUGUGGAGUGUUAUUUUAUUAAAAGAAAAUACAUUGAGUAAAUCUAAUAUUUUGACAUCAUUGAAUACAGGAGAAUUCAUGUUUUUAAUGUUUAAAAUUUUCAUCAUAUUAUAGAAUUUAUAUGUAU